AUAAACUCGCUUGGUGGUGUUUGCUUACAGUCAAAGCUGAAACAGUGUGCUGUGUAUGUUAGAUGUAGUGUAUACGUUAGACUGCUUAUUAAUCGAAACAUAUGGAAAAACAAAACGCAGCUGCCAUACUGCUCCUUAAGCAGGCUACAACGCUUAACAUCCAUACCGGGAACCUGGUCAACUGGAGCCGCCUGAAGAAAAAAUGCCCUUCAUCGACCAGCGAGGAGCUACAGGGCUGCAUUCGAGAAACCCUGAGUGAAUGGUGUACUAAAAUCGCCCCAGCCCAGGAAAAGGAAGCUCCAAGCACACUGGAAUGCUCGCUGACCCAGACAACAGAUGCCAUCAUUCCAGAGGAAAGGGAAGAAUUGAAGGUUUCUGUGAAGUUGUUUCUCAGUGGGUCGGACCCCUCGUCCAUCAGAAUUGCAGUAGAUUUGGCCUGUUCUACACUGGGGGUGUCUCAGCUGGACUCUGUGAUUAUCGUGUCUCCUCCUUUACCGGAGGGAGUCAGCCUGACCCUGGAACACCUGCAACCUCAUUGGGAGGAGCUGGAGAGCCUGCUUCAGAGCCACAAGAUUGCAGCCAUCGGCACUUCUGAUUUAGACAAGCCUCUGCUGGAGCAGCUGUACAUGUGGGCAAAGGUGAAGCCCAGCAGUAACCAGGUGAAUCUGGCUUCCUGCUGUGUGAUGCCACCAGACCUGACUGCCUUUGCCAAGGAGUACGAUAUACAGCUGCUGACCCACAAUGAUUCCAAAGAGCUCAUCACGGAGACGAACUUCCAGGAGUCUGUCAGCGAGGGUGUUAAAGAUGCCGUGGUAGUGGAUUGGUCAUUGGAGUGGGUUCUUCGCUACUCUGUCAUUGUCAAAAGCCGAGGCAUUAUCAAAUCCAAGGGCUAUCUUGUUCAAGCUAAAAGAAUCAUCUCUUAAUGUAGUGUACAUAGCGACAGUAGGAAUGCAGCUGAAUAAAGCUACUCAGGCACACUUUUUUAGAAAAGGUCUUGUGUAUGAAACUAAGUUCCAUAGAAAGGCACGUGCAAAGUGGUAUCCCCUUUUCACACAAUUACCAUCGCUGGUUAGGAAACUUAUACUGUUCAUGACUCACUGAAAAAGGCCUUGCCUAGUAGUUUUCAGUCUAAUACAGUCUUUCAGGUCAGGCUGAACACAUGCCUGUGGGGGGGUAGUUAAAUACUGCUUUUAAGCACUGGACAAAAUGGAGACCCAGCGUUUGUACUUGCACUGUUGGAGAGGAUGUGAGCACUGGCAUUGCUGAAAGACAUUUUAUUGUCUGAAUGCAAAAGCAGUUUUAACAUUGGCACAGGGAAUGAAAGAACAUUUGUGAAAUCCAUUGUGUUCUCUCAGAUCAUUUAAAUGUGCUUAAAAUAAACACUGUGCAACUGAUUUGAAUGUAGGAAGCACCCUCAGUAUUGCAACAUGGCAUUACCUAAUUAGCUGUGAAGUAAUGUCAAGGGAGGAAUUUUGUGUCCCUUUUUGUGUACUGUAAACCAAAGGCGUCUGUUUUUAUCUGAAAAGAAGAGUACACAGAAGGCUAGCAAGCUAUGAAGGUACUUCCAUUUUAGUGUAAAAUUGAAUAGGAGUGUGUGACAAUGCAGCAUUAAGACAAUAUGGUAAAACAAAACACACAGGUGAGUGAGUUUUAACCAGAAUAUUUAUAUAGCAUUAGAUAAUCCUCUACCUGUAAAAAUGACUACAGAAUUUAUCUUGUCUGGUUGGCUGUAGAUAUUGGCAAGUACCAGCAGGAAAAGGGGAUACUGACUAUUGCAUGAUUUUUUUUUUUUUUUUUAAUGUAUAUAAAGAACAUAAAAUGCCUUUUUAUUCAUUCCUGACAGUUUCAAGCCACUGGGGACAAGGUCGUCUUUACAGAAGUAAUGUUUUGAGUAUGUUUCUAGCACUAUGCUGAAUUCCUACAUUCAUAUUGUUUGGACUAAUAUAAUAAACAUACUUUAAUGUACUGUAAUAAAAACAGCUGUAUAACAUAAUUCAUUGAUGACACACUGUAACUAAAGAUGUUUCAGUUCUUUAUUCCACACAACACUGAAGUGAUAUAUGAAUAAUAGAAUGAUCAAAUAUGUAGCUUCAUUACGUUUUAUGAGAUUUGUAAUCAUUCUUAGUGGUUUGUUUUGCAAUUGCUUAAAUAUUGUGUUUGUUUGUUUGUUUGUGUUAUUGUAUUAAGGUGCUUUUACUUGACCAGUAGCUGCUUUCAGUUUGAGUAGCCUGCCAUACACAUGCAAUGUAAGCUAGACCAUCCAAAGUGUUUUUUAUUAUUAAGCGCCAUCUAGUGCACAAUAGAGUAUUGCCAGAAAACGUAGCAGAUCACUAGACGGUGCUGGCUCUUACUUUUAUAAAGAUACUGGCUGAUCUAGCCUACAUUACAAAUGUCUAUGGCAGGCAACUAGAUCUGGAGCGCAGUUUAUCAAAAUAUAAGAAACAUAGUAUUUGAGUAAUUGCUGUAACAUGCAGUCGGAAUGAUUGCAAACAUCAGGACAGGGACAGCAUAAUAAACAUGAAAUUAAUUUUGGAGCUACAUACAGUACUCUCCUUUUUCUGUAGAGUUUUCUGUUUUGAGUUCUGGUUUAGUUUCUCUGUUGUAAACUAGUGUAAAGUGAAGUUUGCCUCUUGACCCUGCGUUACCCUGCUGAAGUUUGCCUGUUGACCUUGUGUUACUGAUGGAUGAUUUAAAGUUUAAAAACAAAAUGUGGUGUGUUUUUUUUUUUUAACCUGAUCCUGGUCUGUGGCACCUCCAGAUCCAUUAUAAUAUAGCUUUCGCACCAGCAUCAAUUUUGAUUUUAUUCAGGCUCUUAAUAAAUAUGUUUAUUAAGGAUCAGACCUUACUGUCGAUAUUGAGGAACCAAGUAUCCAUGUCUAUGUUCAGAAAUUCAAUCAACAAAAUCUGUUAACUUAGAAACUGAGACAAAAACUAAAAGCUACUGAGUCGGGUAGGCAAAGAUUUUGAGACUAAUGUGUAUUGAAUUCCCAGUCAUGUGUCUUCUACUCCCACUCAGAAAUACACACUGUGUUUAAUAGUGACCAGCACAGUGAUGAAGAAUAAAUUAAAUACUUCCUGCAGCAAUUUACAGAAUGUGCUUAGGUUUAUGUUUGUUUCCUGUUCAGUUGUGACAAUCUGAAUACAUUUCUUGUUUUUAUUUAAGUAUGUUAAGGGCCCAUUAUUCACAUCAGCUGUGUAACUGCAGAACAGUGAAAAACUUUGCAUAUUUAUUUUAUCCCGAUGUAAAAUAAACAAUGUGCAAACAAACUUUA